UUUAGGAAUUCUAGUUCAUUUCAUAACGGAGACGAGUUUGUGAGCAAAGAGGUAUAUUGGAGGACGGGGCCAAGAAAAUCAGCUAAAGUGACCUUUCCUUUGACCUCCUCUUGACCUCCAAUGGACGUGACCUACGCCCUCCUCUGCCUCCUGACGGUGACCUCGUUUCUGGCUCCGGGGAAAGGUCACGCGCGGGCAGCUAGUGACCUCGAUUAUGGCCUUGACCUGGUGAAUGACCUCUUGACGAACGAUCCCGAAGCUCUCUGCAAGUACGUGCAAUGUGUCAAUCCUGUUGAUGAAGCAGCAUGUCCGGAAGGUACUUUCUUCAUGGCAGGAAUCGCUCAGUACGGUUGCUGUGGCGCCUGUGUUCAGUUCAGAGGCUUGGGCGAGACGUGCACGGGCAGUAUCCACCCACAAUACUGCGGCGGGUAUGGCAUCUACGGCCAGAGCGGCACCUGCACAGAUCCCUGGAGAAAACUCCGUGAUCUCAGGAAUUCCAUUGAGGAGAACCUCUACACGCAGGACAAUGUUAUUAAGUCUUCGUGGUGCGGAUACAACAUAGCCUGUGGAGGAGGACGCAAGUGCGAGAUAGAUCCGACGGCCAGAGGUUGCGUCUAUAUACAGAGAAAAUACGACGAGGCGAGAGAUUCAGGAUUCUACUUGGACUACAGAGACGACUACCGCUGGAGGCCGACGUGCUCCAAGGAAGGAUUCUUCACCGAGAAGCAGUGCAAGGGACCCUACGGGGAACAGAGAUGUGUGUGUGUGGACCCCGAUGGAAACAGACUCUACGGCGACGCAUUUCCUUAUCAAGAGGAACUGUACGAUACCAUGAACUGUAAAUGCUCGCGCAGGGUAUGGGAAUUGCAACAAGCUGGUGAGAAAUCGGUCACUCUGCACUGUGCACCGAACGGAAAUUACGAACGCUUGCAGUGUGAAGACGGCUGGUGUUAUUGCAUCGACCCUGCAACUGCCACGCCUUACGGAUCCAGGUUGCCAGAGGGCUCGAUGGACCGGUUGGAUUGUUACAACAAGACACUGGUUGGAUCGCAGUACCUGAGGCGAUGCGAGAGCGAAUACCACGCCCACAUGGAACUGUAUGACCUGAUGGCGUUCAAGGGCGUUCAGGGGCCCUCGACGCUUCUGAACUGUGAUGCAGACGGGUCCUAUGCAGGGAAACAGUGCUCCGUAGACAGUUGCAGAUGCUACGACAAUGCUAGGAACACCAUCAUCGCAGGUCUGGCUGGAUCGGGAUGCCAGUGCGCGCGAGAUAUCUGGAUGAACAAGCAGUUGAACAUCAACAUCGAGAUCUCUUGUGAAGUGGAUUCCGGCAGUUACAAAAGCGUUCAAACCCGCGCCGAUUAUGCCUUCUGCGUCGACACUGAUGGCGUGCGAGCCGGGCCUUUAGUAUACCAGUCAGCUGCCGGCAACCUGGGAUGUUCAGCUGCAUUGUUGUGCCAAAAUGGAGGCGACCAGAAAAAUUGCGAGAAUGCAUGCCAAGGCUGCACCAGAGACGACUAUGUAAACUAAAUGUCAAGGGAAGGAUUCAGUCCUUAUUAUUUUCUUCCAUGGGAAAAAAAUAAAAACAUCUGACGUAAAAGGGGUAAAAAGUACAUUGUAGGAGCUGAUGUAACUUUUUUUUUUUUUUUA